AUGUAUUCAAUAUUAAUUGUAUAUUUACACUGUUAUGAAUAUUCAUUGGUUAGCCUGUUAACCACAGAUCAUAUCAUCAAUGAAUUCAUAAGUGAUAAUACUGAAGAAUAUGGCAAGUUGAUUUGGGGAAAUGAAUCCUACAGACAAUCUUAUCAUUAUUAUUAUACACAAUUGAUUAGAGUCGAUCAAUUGUCUCCAGUUGUAUUUAAUAAAUUUAAUAAAAGUUUAAUACCUGCAAUAUCAUAUCUGGGUGUGAAUACUUUAUUCCCAAUAAAAUAUUAUGGUAUGCAAUAUAAUUCAGUGAAUAUACUAUCUAAAGGAAUCGUGGGUAUUGGAAAAUCAUUUCGUCAUUCUGGAGCAAUGAAAAAAAUUGAAGUUUUUAAUGGGAUGGAUAAAGAUGGUGGAGUGGAGAUCAUGAAUACUAACAAAUUUUUGGCUAUCAAAUGGAUUAAUUUAAGUAUUUCUACUUUGCAUGAUGAUGAACCGGAAGAGUAUGCCAUAGUGGCUUGCAUUAUAUACUCCAAUGGAAAUAUAUCAGUUUACUUUGAGAAGAUACCAACAGAAUUUGGAAACAAUGGAGGGAAAAUAAGUAUUACAGAUGGUUAUGAUUAUGCUACAUAUAAUGCAACUGGACUAUACAUCAUUAAAACAUCGUACAGUAAUAUUAAAACUCCGAAAAUCAUGAUAAGAUCUGGGACGUUGGUUGAAUUCGCUCCAAAUACAAUUUGUUCAGAGCAAGAACUUUGUGAGACAUGUAUUAAAGCAUCCACUUUAAAUGAAAAAUGUUACUGGUGUCCAAUUGUCAAUAAAUGUAGUCAUGGGUUCGAUAUCCACAGGCCAUUAUGGAUGUUAAAAAACUGUUAUAUUAAAAACACUACAAAGUGUCAAGUGUCAACCAUUUCAGUGUACAAAGAGGAGCAUGGUCUGAGCAGCAUGCGAACCACUGAGUAUUAUUCAAAUAUUUUUCCUAACUACAGCUUUACAAACUAUACAAAAACAACUCCUGAACUAUCAACAACAAAUUCAUUAAACUCUAAAACCACGACAAAUGGAUUUCGAACUAACCAACUUCCAUCAUUUAUUUGGAAUAAUAGGAAUCUAGACAAAAGUGGUAUCAGUCUCCCUUUAUACUCGUUCAUUUUAAUGCCAACUGCAUUAGCGAUCCUUUUUCUAAGUCUAAUGUGUGCUCUGUGGUUAUGUGUAUAUAAAAGAUCAAAAGUAUGUUAUUGUCUCACUAAAGAAGUUGAAUUUUUUACUGUAGCAUUUUAUGUCUUUCGGCAUAAUCCAUUAAAAUGA